GCGCUAUGAUAGGCGGCAGUGGCGGCAGCGCAGGAAACAGCGGCGUAGUCGUAGCAGCGGCAGCGGCAGCGGCGAGUAAACCAGCGACACCCGCCGCGACGACUCCCAUGCUCGUGGUCGAGGAGCAGCAACGAUUGGCCAGCGCCAGUCCAGCUACUGCGCACACCCCCAACAAUCGCGAGGACUCCAACAAUAACAGCAGCAACAACAACAACAGUACCAACAACGCCGCCGGCACUACGAACGGCAACAACAACAACAACAACAGCAAUAAUGGCAGCAGCAGCAAUCACUCGAUUAUCGUCGCUUCCACGACUGCCGUCGCAGGAACGACCGCCAACACGACUGCUAGUGCCGUUUCGAGUAUAAUCAGUGAAAACAGUGGUAACGAGGAUGACGAGGACAGUAGCCGGGAAGUUAGUAAAAAGAGAGACGAUAUCGUUAAGGAGCAGCAGCAGCAGCAUCAGACGGUGCAGCAGAGCAUAGUUGCAAGACCCUGGGAGCAGCCCAGGCAUCAUCAACAGCAGCAGCAGCAGCCGCCACAUCUAUCGCGACAGCAUAUGGCAACGCUUCAACCGGGCCUCGUUGGUGAUAUUCACCACCGAGCGGCCAGUCUGAAUCUGCCCAAUGCCGCUGCAGCCGUCUUCGCCAAUAUUUUCUCGAGUGUCGGCGGUGGUGCUGGCGGUGCUGGCAGCAACAACAACAAUACCACCACCAACAACAACAACAAUAGCGUCAACAGCAACAACAACAAUAACAGCGGCAGCAGACACAGCAGCGAGUCGAGGCAACAGCAGAGACUGCUCGAGCUGCAUCACGGCAUCGGCGUGAGGUACUACAGCGAAAUAGCCAAUCACGUGCUCAAUCAGCCGGCUGUCAGUAAACUUUUCGGCACCCUCCGCCCACCGGGUCUCAUUGGCGGUAGCAAGCCUAAGGUAGCGACGCCCGCGGUUGUAUCCAAGAUCGAGCAAUACAAACGGGAGAACCCCACCAUCUUCGCUUGGGAGAUACGCGAGCGAUUGAUCUCCGAGGGUGUGUGCAGUAACGCAACGGCCCCGUCGGUAAGCAGCAUCAACAGGAUACUGAGGAAUCGUGCCGCGGAACGGGCGGCAGCGGAGUUCGCGCGAUGCGCCACUUACGUCAAUGCCUACGCCAGCAAUCCACAAGCGUAUUUGCAGCAACAGCAGCAGCAACAGAGUGCGGCCGGCCAAGCAUCGGGGGUCUCGCCCUGGCCACCGGGCACGGUUCCGAAUUCGGCAGCGGCGGCCGCGGCCGCUCACUCCUGGCUCUUUCCCGGCGGUCUCUCGGCGGCCGGCAUCACCGGGUCGGCUUCGGCCCUGCUUUUGCAGCAACCCCUACCCUCGGUAGCCGCGGCCGCGGCUGCAGCUGCGGCAGCCGCCACCAGUCCGGAGCACGCGCUGCACGCUGUCGACGCUAUCGCCAGAGGAUACUUGCAUCCAGAUGGGGACGGUGACGACGGCAGUUUGGACGGUUCGGAGCAACCAAAAUUUCGACGUAAUCGAACGACUUUUAGCCCGGAACAGCUGGAGGAAUUAGAAAAAGAGUUCGAGCGAUCUCACUACCCGUGCGUCUCGACGCGAGAACGACUCGCAUCGAAAACAUCGCUAUCAGAGGCAAGAGUGCAGGUAUGGUUUUCGAACAGACGUGCCAAGUGGCGCCGGCAUCAGCGCAUGAACCACUUGAAACGUUCGCCGCCCCAUCAUCACCAUCAUCAUCCACAGCUUCAUCAUCAUCAGAAUCCGCUGAGCUCUCUGAGCCCGGUGUCAGCGCCACCGCCGGCCGCGGUGUUGGCGGGCGCGACUACGCCUCAAGCGCCACCGCAUCAGCCGUCACAAUCGAGGCUCGGUAGCGGCGAGAAGAGCGCCUUCAAAACCGUGGAGAAAUUUCGACCCAGCGCCUUCCGAGCCAUCGACGAUCUCAUCGGCUCGAGGGAAGAGUCGAGGAUCGAGCGUCGGAUGGACAAAAUGGACGUCGACGACGACGAGGACGAGGAGAUCCAAGUGCAAGACUCGCCGAACUCGUGGCACGAUCGGUGGCCGGAGCAGCAGCCCCUCGAGCUCACCAAACACGACCGUUGAUGUGCUUCAUGAAAAUGUAUUAAAAAUACAUUUUCCCUCUUUAGUGGUUCGAAACUCCGCGUGAAUGUGGGUAUAAACAAGUGGAACUUAAAUCAUAGUAUGUACAUAUCUGUACAAUACCGCGAUGAUUGCUUUACAAUUGAGGUGUGUGGUUUCGUUUACGGAUAUACCUAUACUUUAUUAUAAGUAAAAUUUAGGCACACUUUUCAUGAAACCAAAUUCGUGAGAUGUGUGAUGUUUCCCGAGUGAUACUUUUAUCUCGCCUUUUUCAGAAGUCGUCUUGUUCAAAUCGCAGCUCCGAACGGAAGUAUUACUAUCUCGUUACUGUUAGUGUCUAAUUGUGAAGACUCUUUCUACAAUAUUUAAUAUUAUUUUUAUCGAUGAUGUAAUUACAACUGAAUUACGCAAUAAUUAAUUUGUAUAAAUGCAAACUGCUGCUAUUGAUGUUGCAUAAUAAGAGCGAAUUGAAUCAAUCAAUUCGAUAUAGAUUUGAUAAAUUUAUGUUCGAGUAAGCUUCAAAGACUGUCUUUCAUUGACUCUUUUUCAUACGUUACGUGAUUUCAAUUUGCGGCUCGUGCGUUAAUGUGCGAAAAAUUCAAUGAGUUCAUCGACCGGGAAAUCGCGUCGUCUCGAUAUAACAAAGGAGUUCAAAACUAGUCCCAAAUAGACAAAAAGUAAAUAAGAAUGAUUAUCGAGAGGUGAAUAUAAUCGAAAAUUGCGUGUUAAUUUCACACGGAUUCAGAAAGAAAAAUGUUUAUAUGUGAAAAGUAUAAAGAUACACAAGCCACGCAACUUUUGUCAGUUCGAAACUUCGAGAUUUUGAACAAGUUGUGUUCGUUCAUUGAAAUACUUAUUAUUAUUUGUUUUUUUAGCAAAUGACUAAAUGCACACGAUUUAAAAAUCAUUAGCAAAGAUUUAUAAAUAUAUAUUAUACAUAGACAAAAAUAUAUUAUAAUUAAACCGUGCUGUCUUAAGGGCUUAUAAGUAUCUUGAAAUUAAAUUUUUUUAUUGCUUUUUUAGUUGGAUUCUUCUUGUCAUUUGAGAAGAUCUUGUUUGAGUUUAAUUUUUUAUAACUAUUCAUCAAGAUUCAACAGUUUCCGUAAAAUAUUUAGUGUUCAUGAAUCGAUUGAUCCCCUUCUCUAACAUUUUCUGGCAAUUCAUCUUUUUUAAAAAUUCAUUCACCUGUCGUAAUAUUGAGAACCAACCAUUUGAGCUACAGCAUCCAGGUGGUGUAUUCUUCGGAACAUCAAUGCUUAUCGCCACAACCUCGGGCGAAGUGGUUGAACCCGUAAAUCGUUCUGCACAAAACACUUAAGUAUGAUUUUAUUUUUCUUUAUUUUUUGUGAUCUCCAUCGUGAAAUUAUUCAUCCGGAGUGACCUAUGGCUACGAUCCCUUUGCCCGAAUUCGCGACCAUGAUGUCCGCAAUGAUAUUCCGCAAUGACGUUAAAUUUUACUAAAGAAGUAAUUUGAGAAAUUCGAUUUGAAGAUGCCUGUAAGCCCUUAAAUAAAUAUUCUUAGGAUUGAAUUAUACAUAAAUUAUAAAUACAUAAAAAUAUCGACAUAAUAUAUGUGGAAGAAAAGGCUACUGAUUCUAUGUGUAAAUUUCGUGCUUGUUUUUUUGUACAUAUUAUAAUAUAAUAUAAUGAUUAUACUCAUAUCAAUACCAAUUGGUCAACAUUUGUCAUUGUAUAAAAGAGAAGAAAUUUAUUAAACAAAACACGAAA